AUGGACACUCAAGCACGAAUGCGCGCAGGAAACGAAGAAUUUCAUGGCGAAAACCAAAGAGGUCAGCUUGAUACAUAUCAUCUCCAACAGACGAUCGAUUGCACCGAUUGCCGUGAACGAGGGCAGCAAUUUCGGGGGGGGAAGUCGCCUGAUGACUUUAACGAGAUCACUAUGGUCACCGUCGUGAAUAACAUUCUUGUUCGACUAUACCCUACCAUCGCUACUACUGGUUACCGAUUGCUGGCAUUACGCAUAAUUAUGCAAAAGGAUAGCGACACAGUCCGAUUGUUGUGA